ACAUGUUGUUAUUCACAUUAUUCGUCAUCCUAAUUAUAUUUUUAAUACUGAAUUAUAUAAAGUUGUUAAAUUAUUGGAAAAACAAAAAUGUAAAAUUUAUAACCCCAGUGCCGAUUUUGGGAAAUUUUACUAAGAACGUCUUGCAGUUAGAAUCUUUGUCCGACCUUAGUAUGAAAGUUUAUAAUAGUUUUCCAGGCGAAAGAUACAUAGGAGCCUUCCAAUUCACAUCUCCAAUUUUGGUUGUUAGAGAUUUAGAAUUAAUUAAGAAAAUAUUAAUUAAAGACUUCGACCACUUUGUAGAUCACCAUAUUCUCUUUAAACCUGACGUAGAUCCUUUGUGGGGCAAGACUUUGUUUUCUAGUCAAGGUGAACAAUGGAGGGAUUUAAGACAGACUUUAAGUCCAGUUUUCACAAGCAGUAAAAUGAAAUCCAUGUUUUUACUUAUGAGAGAAUGUGCCCAGCAAUACGUAAACCACAUAAAAGAACUUGACCAAAAGAGUUUACAAUUUGAGGCACGAGAAGUUUUAUCCAAAUUUACUGUAGAUGUAAUUGGGACCACUGCGUUUGGUAUCCAGUGCAAUUCAUUUAUUGACAAUGAGUUCUUGAAAAAUGCCAAAAUGUUAACCGAUUUUAAUGGCAUACGGAAACUGUUACUUUUGCUAACCGGAGUUCCAUCAAUCAUAUUAAAAAUGUUCAAUAUAAAAAUAAUUAGAGAUAAUGUGGGAAACUUUUUCCGUAACAUAGUUUCGGAAACCAUCCAGUACAGAGAAAAAAACCAUAUCAUCAGACCCGAUUUGAUACAUCUAUUAAUGGAGGCACGCAAAGGAAAACUUAAAUACGAAGAAGAGGCUGAAACAAACAAUGGUUUUUCAGUUACAACAGAAUCAGAGAUCGGACGAGGAAAAUCUGCGAAAAAAAUUGAUCUCUCUGACGAAAAUAUAACGGCACAGGCACUGAUUUUCUUUUUCGGAGGAUAUGACACGACGUCCAUACUGAUGGACUUCAUGACGUAUGAAUUAUGUGCGAAUCAGGAUAUUCAAGGCAAAUUAAGGAAAGAAAUGUUUGAUAAGGUCGAAAAUGUCAAUGAAGUUACAUAUGAAGAACUGCAGGGUUUGAAAUACCUCGAUAUGGUGGUUUCAGAAACGUUAAGAAAAUGGAAUAUUGCCAUUUUUAUUGAAAGAAUAUGCACAAAAGAGUAUACCAUUGCUGCACAACUACCACAUGAAACAGACUUGAUUGUUGAAGAAGGCUCAAGUAUUUGGGUUCCAGCGUUUGGAUUGCAUAGAGAUCCUCAAUACUAUCCGAAUCCUGAUAAAUUCGACCCAGAAAGGUUCAGCGAUGAAAAUAAAACGAAAAUUAAUUCCUUGACUUAUUUACCAUUCGGUGCUGGACCCAGAAAUUGUAUAGGUUCCAGAUACGCACUACUGACUGCCAAAGUACUGUUCUUUUAUAUAUUAACCAAUUUUAAAAUAGUACCUAAUGAAAAGACCGUCAUACCUCUGGUUUUGUCAAAGACACAAUUGAUUUUGGGUGCUCAAGAUGGAGUUUGGUUUAAUUUAGAAAAGUUGAGUAAUUAAAUAUUGCUUAUUAUAAUGCAUGUUUACGGUUUUGUUUGGUCAGAUUUUUAUUUAACCCCUACAUUAUAUGUAAUUCUAUUCAACCUACCAUUUCCACACUAAACCCUUAAAUUUCGUUUCUGAAUGAUUAUAAAGAUUAUCUUGAUUUUACUAUUUAUUUUAAUAACUAUCUCUUUAGUAAAAUUUAAUUAGCUUUGCUUCGCGUAAAAUGAUGAAAGUUGCCAGUUCAGAAAAUAAAAUCUAAAUCUUAGAUUCUCUUCCUAUGAGGGAUCAUAAAGCUUCUAUAUCGCCUAAUACUUAAUCAGCACUUAAAAAUAAUUGCUGUAAACGUUGUAUUAAUUCCCAAGCGUUAGGAAUUUUCUAUUCGUAUUGUAGUGCAGAUGUUGGGAAAAGCUCGCCGGAUUGAAAAAUUCACCUAGUCUCUUUAAAAUGGUUGGUCUUCUGACACAGCGUCAGUCUGUAGUUCUUCAUAUAUUCACAGCUCAAUAAAUGUCACUGAAACUUAAUCGUGUUUUAAUAGAUUUACUUUAUAAAGUUGUUACUGGGUAAAUUCAACAUAUCAUCCGUAAUUAGUAGUAGAGUUGUAGUAUAUCUGGGAUCAAAACUUCUAUUAGGAAGAUGAUGAAUCUAUUUUUUACUAUCUGACUAUUGAACUUUAAAACAUGGUAGAGGAAAAGUUUUGGUUUGGAAUUCCUUUGGAUUUCUAAAUACAAUUGAAAACUUGUGGAACAAAAUGCAAUCUCGAUUAAAACACUAAAAGUUUAUAGGUAGUUAUAACGGACAAAGGAUAAAAAAUAUUAACAAUUUUGUUUAAAGUUUAAUGGAAGAGAGAAUAUAGUGUAAUUUUUUUAAAUAAAAUAUAAAAUAUUU